AUGUCCACUCUCGAGGAGCUCGAUGAUCUCGAUCGUAGAGACAAAGAUGAAAAGAAAAGAAAUGGAGGUCCCAACCAAGGCAAGGAGGGAGGACCAGAUGGAGACGAGGAAAUGAAAGAGGUAGAUGACGAUAUCUUGGACGACGAGGUACUUGGCCUCAGCACACAAGAUAUUUUGACGCGGAAGCGACUACUGGAAAACGAUUCUAGAAUUAUGAAGAGCGAGCUUUCCCGGCUGUCACAUGAAAAAGCAGCAAUGGGGGAGAAAAUCAAGGACAAUGUGGAUAAGAUUGCGAACAACAGACAGCUUCCGUAUCUUGUAGGCAACGUUGUGGAGUUGCUAGACCUCGAUCCUACGGCUGAAUCGUCAGAAGAGGGUGCGAAUAUUGACCUGGAUGCAACAAGAGUAGGCAAGUCAGCUGUUAUCAAGACGUCUACUCGCCAAACCAUUUUUCUGCCACUCAUUGGGCUGGUGGAUUCUGACCAGCUGAAACCUGGGGACCUCAUAGGAGUCAAUAAGGACUCGUACCUUAUUCUCGACACACUACCUGCCGAGUAUGAUAGCAGGGUGAAAGCGAUGGAAGUAGAUGAAAAGCCUACAGAGCAGUAUACAGAUGUCGGUGGUCUCGACAAGCAGAUUGAGGAGUUGGUUGAGGCGAUUGUAUGGCCGAUGAAGGAAGCCGACAGAUUCAAAAAAAUUGGUAUCAAAGCCCCUAAAGGUGCUUUGAUGUACGGCCCUCCCGGCACUGGAAAGACACUGUUAGCAAGAGCUUGUGCGGCGCAAACAGAUGCUACAUUUUUAAAACUGGCGGGACCACAGCUCGUCCAGAUGUUCAUCGGCGAUGGAGCCAAGCUGGUUCGGGAUUGCUUUGCCUUGGCAAAGGAGAAGGCGCCAGCUAUCAUAUUCAUCGAUGAACUUGAUGCUGUCGGCACGAAGAGAUUUGACAGCGAGAAGAGCGGCGACCGUGAAGUCCAAAGAACUAUGCUGGAGCUUUUGAACCAGUUGGAUGGCUUCGCAUCGGACGACCGCAUCAAAGUUCUAGCCGCGACAAACCGUGUUGAUGUGCUCGAUCCAGCUUUGCUUAGGUCGGGACGACUCGAUCGUAAAAUCGAGUUCCCACUACCUAAUGAAGAGGCCAGAGCUCAAAUUCUCAAAAUUCAUUCCCGAAAGAUGAAAAUAGACCCUGGUGUCAACUGGGGUGAGCUUGCAAGGAGUACCGAUGAGUUCGGCGGAGCAAUGCUUAAAGCUGUUUGUGUUGAGGCGGGCAUGAUAGCCCUGCGGUCAGGAAAAAACAAAAUUGGCCAUGAGCAUUACGUUGAUGCAAUUGCUGAAGUACAAGCCAAGAAAAAAGACACCGUCAACUUCUACGCCUAA